AUGUCUGAUGUUCAUCUUUAUAUCUAUGAUUUAUCAAUGGGGAUGGCGAAGGUGUUAUCAAACUCUUUGGUUGGCAGGCAAUUUGACGGUGUAUGGCAUACCGGUGUUGUUGUAUACAAUCGUGAAUACUUCUUUUGUCAAGAAGGAAUCAGCACCUGCACUCCAGGAUCCUUACAAACUGCUCUGCUAAUAGAAAGAAAAAUUAUGGGUAAAACCAAACUCACGGAAGACGGAGUACAAAAGUACAUUCAAGAACUUUCAAAAUCGCUUUUUAAACCUGGUUCAUAUGAACUUUUACGCCACAACUGCAAUUCGUUCUCUUCGCACUUUGUAAAUCACCUUACUGGUAAUCAAAUACCAGCUUACAUAACCAAUCUACCAUCGGAUUUUCUUGAAACGCCUAUUGGUUCAAUGCUAAAAGGAGUUUUGGAGACUUCUGCCAAUCUUAUCGUCCCUUCUUCCUCUUCAGAUUUCAAUGAUCAUAAAAAGAUUUUGCCUCACCGUAAUUUGCCAGUUACAAUGCGUCCCAUUCUGUACGACGAGCCUAUUUCCUCCGUAUUUUCGCCAGACAAACUCACAUCUAUGUUUGCUGGUGGCACCGGCUUAGCUCACCAAUGGGCUAGUUGUGCUCUUCCUGAUCUUCUUAAACUGUCUUCUCCUGAUUUAGAUUCUGCAACAGUUUCUUUGGAAACACUAAGUUUGCUCAAAUUCAAUCGAUGGGCAACCUUUCAACAGUGUGAAGCAAUCUGUGAAGUUUUUCGCAUAGCCGUUUGGCGAUGUCCGGAGCUUAUUCUCUCUCUUCUUACUGAUCCUAAUGAGAAUCUCAAUAAACUUGCUGAAGCUUUUCCCUCUCCUUCGGGGUAUAUCUCAAAGUCGUCCUAUUUAAAUUUAGAUGCAUCAAAGGCCAGACUUUUAUGCAAUGUCCUUGCUCUGACUUAUGAUUCUGAUAUGUCCCAUCUGCAAUUCAUUCCAUUGGAACAUGUAGCUGCUCUCUGCAUUCGUCUAAUACGUGUUGAAGAGGAGGCAGAAGGUAAAGUGCCUUCAAAACGCUUGGAGAAGACUCCUGAACACGAAAUGUCAGGUCUUGCGUUGGCGGUGAACUUCGCAAUGUGCCCCCUGGUAAAUGAAUCGGUGGCGAUUGAAGUCGCUGCAUGUCUAUUUCAUCUUCUUGACGUCAGACGAUGCUUUAAACAUCCUGCCCAAGCCUGUUAUGCUCUAAAAGCUGUCUAUGCUUUCAUUUCUAACUUCUCUUCUCUCGCUGAUCUUGCGAGAACUCUGGAAAUCGAUAAGUACAUUGCGGAAUUGUCGGAACAUGCAGAGCAAAUUGAAGGAAAUUUAGAAAUGGAUGCUGUCCAUGCACGUGAUGUUAAGUUAAUGGCUGAGAAAAUCAUACAAAUUAUCAGACCAUAA